AUGCUUAGAUGUAUCAUACGAGGUGCUCCUCAAUGUUCUAAAACAAUCACAAGAAGACCAAUAGUCCAUGAUUAUCAUGUUAUACGACGCGUGAAUACUGACCUAAGAUUACAAAAAUUUCAAAGUACAUCAACAACAAGUGCAGAAUCAGAAAUCAUAUCAAAUGUGGAAGAAAUCCAACCAGAAACCCAGCACAAGAGACCACAAUUGCCAACUUUAGAAGAAUUGAAUGACUAUCAAAUAUAUAAGAUUCUCAAUCAAAUACCAUCGAAAAACCUUGAUGAAAAUAUCGAAACUUUUGCAUUAUUAGGUGAGGCUCAUUUAGAAAAGGAAAUUAUCAAGAUAUUAUAUGAAUUAGAUGUCGAUAAAGAUAAAUUGGAUAAAUUUAAUGACAAAAUUAAACAAAUUCUUGUUUAUUGGAUAUUCCCAUUUGAUAUUCUUGUGAAUUUGAAGAAAAAUUAUGAACGUGUUAAUAAUUAUGGUAGUCAAGAUAAUUUUGAAAUUCAAGAAGAUAGUUUCAAGAUUGAUGAUUCAAAUAAAGUAUUAAAAGCAUAUUUUGGUAUGUUGUAUCUAGCACAAAAGGAAAAUAAGGAUAUCAAGACUUAUGAUUUCUUAAAAUCAAUUAUAGAACCAAUUAUACCAAGAGUUAUUAAAAUAAUAGAUAGACAAGCUGAUGAUUCAAAUUUACAAAAUGUUGACAAGAUUCCUAUUAACAAUCCAACUAAAACUUUUUCAAAUUCACUAAAUUUAGAAAAACCUCAACUUGAUCUUUCAAAACUAUUAAAAAAACUUUGGGAAGAUUCUUUACAAAAGGCAGAAAAUGAAUUUGUUUUCAAAAAUUCCAUUGAAGCACUUUUAAAUCUUUUGGGUGGGAAUAAAAAUUUGGUGACUUAUAAAACACGAAAUACCAUUGAUGGUUAUAUAACUGAAUGCCAUAUUUUUGGAGAGUUUGUUGGUGGAGGACGAGAUUCAGAUAAAGAUGUUUCUAGAGAAAAAGCAGCUUUUAGGACAAUAACUUUAGCAAGUGGGAAAAUUUAUAAAUCAGUUUGGUUACCAUGGAUGUAUCGUAGAAUUAGGGGUGGAUGGUAUAAGGCUGAAUUGAUAAAUUUCCUUAAAGAUAUAGCAAAUUUCCUGGAGAUGAAAAAAGAUGGUAAAGAUAUUACAGAAGUUGAUAUUAUGGCUUUAUUGAAUGAUUUUAGAAAUGGGAAAAUUAAAACUAAUGAUUUAUUAAAAUCGAAUAAUAUAUCAAAACUCACCAAAGAAUCAAUUAGUGGUAAUGAUACUGAAAAAUUUGAUUCAUCUAAAAUUGAAGACAUAAAUCUACGAAGAUUUUUUGAUUUUGAAUGGAAGGAUAUUAUGAAAAACUUGAGUUUUGAAUCAUCUGAAGGUAAACUUUAUGACAUGUUUAACUUCACAACUGUUUAUUUUAAGACCACAAAAACCGGAACGAAGAUAACAUCAGAAUGUUUUAUAAAUGAUAAAUUAAUGAGCACUGCCAGCGCUAACACCAUUGAUGAAGCUGAAAAUAAAGCAGGAAUGAGUGUAUUUAUUGAGUCUAAAGAAAAAAUAUUUCAUGAUAUUUGGUUUCCAAUGAGUAAAAAGGAAUUAAAGAUGUCAAAGACUGGGUUUGGCCAUACAGAUUUUUCUAAAAAGUAUCAAAAGUUUUUAAGAUUAUUUGAUAUCGAUGAAGAAGUUGUUGUUACGGAUAUACUAAAUUCAAUUUCAAAUGAUUCAAGUCAAAAGACCUCAUUAUCACAAAAGAAUUCAGAUCUCAAAUUGGAUGAAUAUUCAAAUUUAAGGAAUUUUUACAAAUAUGAAUUAACAAUUGCUAGAUCUGGGUUAGAUAAAACCAAUGCCAAAACAAAACUAAAUGAUUUAUUCAGAUUUGGAGGUGAAAAAAUAUCGAUUAAGUACUUGGUAAGUGUUGAACAAAAGGAGAAAGAUGUACUUGAAAUGAAAUGUUUUAUAAAUGAUCAUUUACUAGGUUUUGGAUUUGACCCAAAUGAAAAAAUAGCUGAACAAAGGGCUGCUCUAAAUACUUUACUUCAAAACAAAGAUAUACUUUUCAAAAAAGUUUGGCUACCAAUGGCAAGGAAACUUUUAUAUACACCUAUGAAUGACAAAGAGAAAGCUUCGUCUUUUGUUAAACAAUAUCAUGGGUUCUUAAAGAACUCGCAAAGUAUUUUGAUUGAGAAAAGGAUGAAUUAUAAAAAAGAAAAUCAUAGUUCAGAUGAAAAGAAGUCGAAAUGGAAAAGAUAA